CUCAUAUAAGCCGUCGCAAGAGGGGGCGUGAGCUUAUUGAUAUCGCCAGAAUUCCACUACCUGCCGUGCAAUAGAAAACACCUGGUAGCAAUACAGGAAACUCCUUUAUUCCAAGCCACAGCUGUCAACUUUCCCUUUUUUUGCUGGGAAUUCCCUUAUUCCAGCGCCGUUUCCCGCUGCUAUCCUGGAUAGGACAUACGUAGACUGUCCCCGGGACAGAUUUUGCCUCAUGAUCUUCCAUUAGUCCACAAGACAUUAAGCAGUACAAGAUUCAGAGUGUGUGACUCUCAUAUUUCAACUUGCCACGAGGCAUAUUUUAAGACAUCUUUGACUCCAGAAUGGCUGCACCAACAAAUGAGAGGGGCCGUCAAAAGGUCCGUUUCUUUGAUUGGUUGAUCAAUGAGAUCAACAGUGGAAGAUAUAAAGAAAAAGUGACCUGGACUGAUGACACCCACACAACCUUUCGUAUCCUUUGGAAGCACAAUUCAAGGAGGAACCUUGUGGCAAGUGAUUACAAGAUUUUCCAGGCGUGGGCUAUGUUCAGCGGAAAGUACAAUGAAGGUGAACCAAACCCAGCCAAAUGGAAAACCAACUUCCGCUGUGCCUUAAACAGUACAAAAAGAUUUGAAGAAGUUGAAUCGGAUAACCCUGACUACCACGUGUACCGAAUCAUCUCCCACAGCCACAACUCUACAUUGCCUGCUAAUCCUCCUGCUGACACAAUCAGUGGAAGUAACCAUAAAGUUGAUCAGUUGCAUAUGAGCCCCUGCAGUGAAGGAUCCCCAGCUCUACACCAGUCUACAUCCCAGCAGGAGAUCGAUGAUAUUUUUAAAUCCCUGUCACUGGAAAAUCCAUGCCCAGAUGUGCUCCAGUGGGUUUUGCAGCAAGCUGACAUGGAAGUUUCACAAGUCUCCUGGGCCCCUGUUCCAGAACAUCCUCUAGCAGGGGAAGUUCCACAUGCAAUCCCUUGUAUCAACCAAAACAGCUGCUUGCCUCUGGGGCCUGGAGUAGUGAGUGAACCACUGGCAAAUAACUGUUGUAAAGUAGCAGACAGCUGGCUGGCUGCACAUCCACCAAAUGUGAAUUCCCAGCCAAUUGCCGUUCAUCCACUGCAGCAUCCUCAACAAAACACACCUCCUGGGAUAAAUCAAGCUAACCAUGUGGGAGAAGCCCUGUAUGAUAACAACUUCAUUGAAAACGUUUUUGUGAAUGAAGAACCUCAGGGAAAUGGAGUGAUGAACAACCUGUCGAGAAAUGACUGUCAUCUGUUUCCAAACCAGCAAGCCAUGGUGGAACAGAACACAUUUCCACCUCCAGUUGUCCCCUCCCCACUAGAACAACUCCCCCUUCAUGCUGCUCCAUUGCAGAACAAUGCAGGAUGUGCCCCUCUCAAUCUGGAUGUCUCUAUCUACUACCGCGGGAAGCUGCUGCACGAAGCAGGAGUAGAAUUUAACAGCUGUAUGCUCACAUACAACCAAUACUACAAAAUUGAAGGAAACCCACAGAUACAUCAUGUUCUAUUUCCAAACCCGGAGGUCCUCCCUGAUCAAAAGCAAGUUAAGUUUACCUUGACACUGCUGCAGAAUGCGGGUCUGCUGCUGUACCAGAAGAACAAGAAGAUCUGUGCCCGGCGAAUUGGUCGAUGUAAGGUCUUCUGGGCUUUCUCCAAAGAGUUGGACCACAUAGCACAGCGUCCUCCAUCCAGGUUGUUGGGACGGGAGGUAGACACUGACAUCUUCAACUAUGAAAGAUUCUGUCAAGAACUGGUGGCUUUCCGCGAUGGUCAGAGAUCUUCCUCUCCUGACUACACCAUCUACCUGUGCUUUGGCCAGUCCUUUGCAGGUGACAAACCCAAGGAAUCCAAGCUCAUCUUGGUGAAGUUGGUGCCAAUGGUUUGUAAGCAGUGGCAUGAAGACCUGCAGAGGGAAGGCUUCUCAUCCUUGAACAGUGAAAACAUAAGCCUGCAACUCUCCAACAGCCUGUAUGAUAUGAUAGACCAGAUAAUUACCAUGAUGGAGACGGAUUAGUUCAUGUUUCUUAUCAACAUCUCAAAUAGUAAGAUGGAGUGUGUGGGUUUGUAUGUGCGUUCACAUUCACAAGGGGUCACUUCCACAUUUGGCUUGCAUGAGGAGCUACAGUAAAACUCAUUUUUUUGGUCUCUG